CUACAACCAUUUAAAUUGUUGUUCUACGUUUGGCUAAAAAGUUUGCGCUGAAAAAUGAAAUAGUUUCUGUAUUGCUGAAUUAGUCGUCUGGUGUAUAUUCUCCCUAAUAUGGACUGUCCUCCAGCGCCACAUCCUCAAGUCAAUAUGCAUCUUCCCACGUUUCACUCAACAAGCUUCAUACAGAAUAAUAUUUCAACCCUUGCUCAAGAUAGCUUGUACGAAGUUCGGCGCUUAAGACUGUUGUUGACCAACCUUUUAACUUCUGUUCAAUCAGAGGAAAGAGAUCAAGACGAAAAAAAUAAAGCUGUAGAUGAGAGCAUUUCAGUGUUUAACAGAAGUGUCAGUGGCAAAUCUGGGAGCAUUCCCAGCCCUUUAUGCACAACGGUUGAUGGUAAAACUGGAAUCGCAUCUGACAAUCGUAAUUUCCCUUCAACUUCUGGCACAAAAAGCAUUUCAAGCGAAAAGUUAUCACUGCACAAAGUAAUAAAUCAGAUAAGUGAUGUUUUCAGCAACUUGGAUCAGCUAGCUGGUCGAAUGCAGGCUAAUCGGUUGCCUGGUCGAUCUAAUGAUAUUGGUUUGCAGAAUGCUUUAUCUUUAUUUAACACUCUUGAACAAUUGGAAUUCAGUCGUAAUAGUUGGCCUUGUGAAUCUUCUCUGUCUCAACACACUGGGGUUGAUGACCAGGAAUCUGAUAAGCGUCGCGUUGAUUGGCUAAUUGAUAGAAUCGAGGCUGAACGUUGGAGUCAUCGAUACUGGGAACGCACUCGUACUGUACUUGAGGGAUUAUUGGCCUGUUCUGCAUUUAGACGAUCUCAUUUAAAUGCUGAUCACUCACGUAGGAGAACAGACUUUUUAAAUUCAGUUAAUCGAGAUUAUCGUGCUGAUAUGGAACAUAUAUUCAAUGAAUUAAAUAUGAAUUUACCAGAUCUUACCAUCACUAUAAUUGAACCGUCAUCCAUAGUAUCGGUUGUACAUUUGAAAGUUGGUGAAGUGAUGCAGUGUUACGUGACUUUUCGUCAGCUAAAUCCUGAAAGAAUUAUUGUACGUGGAAUUUCUGAACCAAUGCUUGCAGAAAUGCAUUCCGCAUCUCCUGUUGAUAAGUUAAACAUAGAAGAGAGACCUUUAUCAUUACCAGCAGAAGAACUUUUGGCGGAUUCGGAGUGUGGUUCGUCAGCACAGAUUCGUGAACUCGUUGUUGCACUGUUAAGUCCUGAUUCCAGAACGCGACCGAUUUCAGAUCACAGACAACAAAGAGGCCCAAAACUUGUCCGCUUUUGUACACUUAACCAACAUAAUUUGGAUCUUUUUACACCAAGCCGUCACCCAUUGUUUCAGCGUAUUACUUCUCUGGCACAAUGUGCACUUCUUCACUUUACCAAUGAAUACAAACCUCCGUCUGCUAUUCGUGGGUUCUUUUCAUGGUUGCAUAGUUAUCGAGAUUUAUUCAGUGCCCCAUGCAGUCGUUGUGGCCAACUCUUAGGUCAAGGUGUUGAACUUCCAGUGUGGCGUAGUUAUCCUCAAAUAAGGAAGGAUGAUCCUCGGUCUAUGGAACCACAUCACGAACAGUGUCAAGCUAUUUUGUAAAGAAUUAUUACUUUUCAUAUUUUUAUACAUAUAGUAUCUUCACUAUUUGACCGGUUAAUUAUUUACUGACUUCUAGAAUAAUUUUCAAGUUGUGCUUUCUUAAUUGUUUUGGAUAACUGAUAAAAGGUGA